CUAACGUAGGCGAACAUCUGGCAUCAAAUCCAUGAUCCAUCGGCCUCCACAACAACCAGACGAAGCUCAAGCAGCAGAAGAGCGCAAUCCCGAUCACGCCAUCGUCUGAUUCAGGCUGCAGUCACCCUGCCUCAUCCUGGGAACUGAGAUUGCUAGAACGACAACGAUACCAUGGCGAAGAAAGUCACACCAGGGCCGAAGCCUGCACCGGCAACUCCAACCAAAGUUCCAGCUGCCGCAGGUUCAACAUUACCACCCUCGGUGACCCCAGCAAAGGUCCAGACACAAUCAACGCUUUCACCUCGAUCGUCUCCCCAGGAGAUCAUUGUUCACGUAUGGAACAAAUAUGUUCAAGACACCCCCUCACGGACAAUUCUCCUUGAUGUCUUUAUGGCAUGGUUAGUAGUAGUUGGAGCAGUCCAGUUCCUGUACUGCAUUCUGGCUGGAAAUUAUCCCUUUAAUGCAUUUCUAUCCGGUUUCUCCGCCGCCGUAGGGCAAUUCGUCCUCACUGCCUCUCUCCGAAUGCAGACCUCCGAAAGACCCCCGGCGGACGCUUCACUGGUAGCGAAGAAGACCACGGCAAAGACCAUUGAUGGAGUCACGGGAGAGAUCAUCGAAGAUACCAGGGUCAGCACCGAACGGGCCUUUGCGGAUUUCGUCUUUGGUAGUCUGAUCCUACACGGGUUCUGCGUCAACUUCAUCAACUAGUUACGCUUGAAUGAAAAUGUACAACAUAGAACGAGGGAGAUAGACCAAAAGCAGGCCCUACCCAGGCGGGUUUUGGGUGUUGAUUCGGUGAGGAUGCCAUGUAUUCAUGCAUCUUGAUUGGCAUAGCUUGCCCUCGGACCCUCUUAGGCAUCAUGCAACGGUGCAAUGCAAGGGACGUUAGAAGUCCUGGACGCAAAGGAGCACCAGUUACGCAGAUCAGUUAUUGCAUUUCCAUGGGCUCAACCAAUGUCGAGCAAAAAGUUUUUAAGACAUACAUGACGGAGUUGCAUCUUGCUGGACAAUUAUUAGAGGGGCCAGGCCUGAAAAUCAUGUUCUCUUAAAUCACUCUACAGUCGUGGAAAUCAACCCAUUUACGGCCAAAUCUGAUCUAAGCUUUGGUCUUACUUCCAUCACA